CUCUCUCUCUCAUAAAACAACCAACCGUAGACUAUGCUCACAGUCAGAUAACUUACAUUCCACUGCGCGCACAUACACAUAAACACACUGACAGACGCCACACCAUCCCAUUCUCUUUAUAAACCUUUUCAUGUAACACGUAUAGUCUAGAGUCCAGAAUGGCACCAGAAAGGCCCAGCAAGAACUCUUACCUUUUUCUAAUAAUUUUCCUGACCUGGUUAACCCAUCAUCCCCUGUCUAAGUCUGCUACUGAUGCUGAAGCUAUAUGGGAAGAGGUUCAUAGGGGAAGAUUUUUUCGCAUCCAGUCAAUGAUGAAUACUGAGGGGGAUGGCCUGGAAAGGUUCCUGCGGUCUGUCCUGGCUGGAGAGCUGAGUGAAUGUUCUCUUGGUGUGAUAUGGUGUGAAAAAGAGGAAGGAAAGGCUGAGGAUGGGGUGCAAGAAGGAAAAAAAAAGGAGAGAGGGAUAAGAGAGGAGGGAAAGAAAGAAGAGGAGAAGGAGGUGAGGGAAGAGAGGAAAGGAAACGAGAUAAGAGUACAGAAAAACGAAGAAAAGAAGGAAGAGGAGGAAAAAGAGCUAAUAGAAGAUGAGGAAAUGGACGAAAAGAUAAAAAAUGAAAAGGAGGAAGGAAAUGAAAGAAAGUCGAGAGAAGAGAAAAAAAAGGAGAAUGGUGGAUAUGAUUUGCCAGUUUUUAACGUUAUUCUCGCUUCUCCUAAUCCUCGGCAAGUAAGUUGAAAGUUCUUAAGAAAUGUUGUUUAUUGUUAAUGUGUUUGGGACUGUUAUAGAGUGACAAAGAUGUUUUUUUUGUGUGUGUAAUUUAGUUUUGUUCUCUUCAUUUACUAUUUUUAUCACAUAUUUUCUUUCAUGAUUUUUUUUUUCUGUAUUAGUAUCAUUAUUAUUUUCUUGUUUCUUUUUUAUCUUUGUUUUCUUAUAUUAUAUUUUAUUAUCGUCAUUUUUUUUCCUGUCUCUUUUUUACUUCUUCCCAACUUCUACAUCUCCCAUACUUUUUCUCCUUCUUCUUCCACCUUAUCAGCCUCCUUAAACUCUUCCGUCACAGAUAUGGACCGUAAGGAAGCCACAAGAUUACCAAAGGGUGGACUGGGGAUUAGGUGGAAGUGUGAACUGCCGCGCACACUUUCUUCUCCACCCCAACAACCACACACACACGCACCUACUGGCUUAUCUAUCUCGCCCACGGCCACCCUGGGACACCCGUGGAAGGUACCUGGUGGUUGGGCUUACGGUAGGAGAAGUGAGGACAUUGAUGCGAAGUACGGCGGCCAAGAAGACGGUACACCUGGUGGGGAUUGCUAAGGUCAAGGGUGGUUGGGAAGUGUACACGAACCAACUAUUUCGAGAACCUCCCAUGAGGAGGAUAACCAGCUGGAGACAUAACGGUGGAGGAGGAGGCGGGGGAGAAAAGAGGUGGAAGGCAACAAGACUCUUCUCCCCCAAGAUUACGAACCUGCAGGGAGCGAAGUUGAAGGUGGGUUGGUUCCAAUUCUCACCGCACUCCAUGAUAGACAGGCGCGGGCAAAAGUAUGGAAGGGAUUAUCACGUCGCUAUGGCCUUGUCCACCGCCCUCAACUUUACCCCAGUCUUCAAGCAGCCCGUGGACGGUAAACUGUGGGGGUCGCUGUUGGAGAAUGGAUCGUUUUCUGGUUUGGUUGGGGAUGUUGGGCGCGGGGAUGUUGACUUCGCUCUGGCUAACAUCUUCAUAACAGACGCUGACACAAGAUGCAGAGUGAUGGACUUUUCUAACUUCUAUGAUUCAGAUGUGGCUUGCUUCAUGGGUCCUGCGGUCGGUCCUCUCCCACGCUGGCAAAGUCUGGCUCUGCCCUUCACCGUGCACACAUGGCUGGCCAUCUUGGCUGCCCUCGUCUUCGGCUGUGUCUCUCUCUAUGCUUUGGCGUCUGUGAGCCAGAGGAGCUACGCCCACUAUGCACACAUCCGCCUCUCAUCUGUCAUUCUCUAUACAUGGGGAAUACACACGCGCGUUCCCCAGAUGGGUGAGGUGAAGAUCGCGAGCGUUAGAGUGGCUGUUCUGGCUCUCUGGCUGUACGCAGUGGUCCUAACAGUCGCCUACAGCACUAACUUGACAGCCUCCCUCACCGUGGCCAAGACGGCGCCGGCAAUUAACACUUUCAGGUUCUGGCAGAUCGGCUCGUGCCCAAGCCGGACCUGCCCUCUACCUUGGCUCUUGUGGAAGCAGGUCAGGGAGUCUUCAUACAUUCCAGAAAAUACCUUGAAUUCUUGGUCAGUGGCAGGUACUCACCCUACGGCACGCCCUCCAUGCGGAUACUGAAGGAGUGUUUUUCCCCCUACAGCAUCACCUCGUCGCUAGAGAAGAAUUUCCCGCUCAGAGACUCCUUCGACGAGGUUCUGCGGAGGGUGUUCGAGGGCGGGCUAGUUCGAUGGUGGUUCCUGGAUGGCCU